AUGAACUACACGCUCAUGAAAAAUUAUGCUGUCGAGGAAAAAACUUUGUUGUUUGGGAGAACAAACUUUGACGCUACGGAGCGAACAAUGCUGCCAGGGGAUGAGGACCAAUGCCGUCACGGGGUAAACUAUGCUGUACAUUACCAGCUCAACUCCGUAGACGUCAUCCACUGGGACACGGAACAUGUCACACAUGACAAGCUCAACUACAGGGUAACCAACACGGCCUGUAAACUCCAGGCCCACGGAGUUCACUCUCACAACAAGGAAAAGAAGGCCUCCCAUCACAAGCGUGCCUCGUCAACACCAGCCAAGCAGCAAGUGCAGGAUUAUGCGAGCUACACGGAGGAUAAGGUGGAGGAUUAUGCGAGCUACACGGAGAAUAAGGUGGAGGAUUAUGCGAGCUGCACGGAGGAUAAGGUGGAGGAUUAUGCAAGCUACACGGAGGAUAAGGUGGAGGAUUAUGCGAGCUACACGGAGAAUAAGGUGGAGGAUUAUGCGAGCUGCACGGAGGAUAAGGUGGAGGAUUAUGCGAGCUGCACGGAGGAUAAGGUGGAGGAUUAUGCGAGCUGCUCGGAGGAUAAGGUGGAGGAUUAUGCAAGCUGCACGGAGGAUAAAAUGGAGGAUUAUGCGAGCUGCACGGAGAAUAAGGUGGAGGAUUAUGCGAGCUGCACGGAGGAUAAGGUGGAGGAUUAUGCGAGCUGCACGGAGGAUAAGGUGGAGGAUUAUGCGAGCUGCACGGAGGAUAAGGUGGAGGAUUAUGCAAGCUACACGGAGAAUAAGGUGGAGGAUUAUGCGAGCUACACGGAGAAUAAGGUGGAGGAUUAUGCGAGCUGCACGGAGGAUAAGGUGGAGGAUUAUGCGAGCUGCACGGAGGAUAAGGUGGAGGAUUAUGCGAGCUGCACGGAGGAUAAGGUGGAGGAUUAUGCGAGCUGCACGGAGGAUAAGGUGGAGGAUUAUGCGAGCUGCUCGGAGGAUAAGGUGGAGGAUUAUGCAAGCUGCACGGAGGAUAAGGUGGAGGAUUAUGCGAGCUGCACGGAGAAUAAGGUGGAGGAUUAUGCGAGCUGCACGGAGGAUAAGGUGGAGGAUUAUGCAAGCUGCACGGAGGAUAAGGUGGAGGAUUAUGCGAGCUGCACGGAGGAUAAGGUGGAGGAUUAUGCGAGCUGCACGGAGGAUAAGGUGGAGGAUUAUGCGAGCUGCACGGAGGAUAAGGUGGAGGAUUAUGCGAGCUGCACGGAGGAUAAGGUGGAGGAUUAUGCGAGCUGCACGGAGGAUAAGGUGGAGGAUUAUGCGAGCUGCACGGAGAAUAAGGUGGAGGAUUAUGCGAGCUGCACGGAGGAUAAGGUGGAGGAUUAUGCGAGCUGCACGGAGGAUAAGGUGGAGGAUUAUGCGAGCUGCACGGAGGAUAAGGUGGAGGAUUAUGCGAGCUGCACGGAGGAUAAGGUGGAGGAUUAUGCGAGCUGCACGGAGGAUAAGGUGGAGGAUUAUGCGAGCUGCACGGAGGAUAAGGUGGAGGAUUAUGCGAGCUGCACGGAGGAUAAGGUGGAGGAUUAUGCGAGCUGCACGGAGGAUAAGGUGGAGGAUUAUGCGAGCUGCACGGAGGAUUAUGCGAGCUGCACGGAGGAUAAGGUGGAGGAUUAUGCGAGCUGCACGGAGGAUAAGGUGGAGGAUUAUGCGAGCUGCACGGAGGAUAAGGUGGAGGAUAAGGUGGAGGAUUAUGCGAGCUGCACGGAGGAUAAGGUGGAGGAUUAUGCGAGCUGCACGGAGGAUAAGGUGGAGGAUUAUGCGAGCUGCACGGAGGAUAAGGUGGAGGAUUAUGCGAGCUGCACGGAGGAUAAGGUGGAGGAUUAUGCGAGCUGCACGGAGGAUAAGGUGGAGGAUUAUGCGAGCUGCACGGAGGAUAAGGUGGAGGAUUAUGCGAGCUGCACGGAGGAUAAGGUGGAGGAUUAUGCGAGCUGCACGGAGGAUAAGGUGGAGGAUUAUGCGAGCUGCACGGAGGAUAAGGUGGAGGAUUAUGCGAGCUGCACGGAGGAUAAGGUGGAGGAUUAUGCGAGCUGCACGGAGGAUAAGGUGGAGGAUUAUGCGAGCUGCACGGAGGAUAAGGUGGAGGAUUAUGCGAGCUGCACGGAGGAUAAGGUGGAGGAUUAUGCGAGCUGCACGGAGGAUAAGGUGGAGGAUUAUGCGAGCUGCACGGAGGAUAAGGUGCACGAUUAUGCGAGCUGCACGGAGGAUAAGGUGGAGGAUUAUGCGAGCUGCACGGAGGAUAAGGUGGAGGAUUAUGCGAGCUGCACGGAGGAUAAGGUGGAGGAUUAUGCGAGCUGCACGGAGGAUAAGGUGGAGGAUUAUAGCUGCACGGAGGAUAAGGUGGAGGAUUAUGCGAGCUGCACGGAGGAUAAGGUGGAGGAUUAUGCGAGCUGCACGGAGGAUAAGGUGGAGGAUUAUGCGAGCUGCACGGAGGAUAAGGUGGAGGAUUAUGCGAGCUGCACGGAGGAUAAGGUGGAGGAUUAUGCGAGCUGCACGGAGGAUAAGGUGGAGGAUUAUGCGAGCUGCACGGAGGAUAAGGUGGAGGAUUAUGCGAGCUGCACGGAGGAUAAGGUGGAGGAUUAUGCGAGCUGCACGGAGGAUAAGGUGGAGGAUUAUGCGAGCUGCACGGAGGAUAAGGUGGAGGAUUAUGCGAGCUGCACGGAGGAUAAGGUGGAGGAUUAUGCGAGCUGCACGGAGGAUAAGGUGGAGGAUUAUGCGAGCUGCACGGAGGAUAAGGUGGAGGAUUAUGCGAGCUGCACGGAGGAUAAGGUGGAGGAUUAUGCGCGCUGCUCGGAGGAUAAGGUGGAGGAUUAUGCGAGCUGCACGGAGGAUAAGGUGGAGGAUUAUGCGAGCUGCACGGAGGAUAAGGUGGAGGAUUAUGCGAGCUGCACGGAGAAUAAGGUGGAGGAUUAUGCGAGCUGCACGGAGGAUAAGGUGGAGGAUUAUGCGAGCUGCACGGAGAAUAAGGUGGAGGAUUAUGCGAGCUGCACGGAGGAUAAGGUGGAGGAUUAUGCAAGCUCCACGGAGAAUAAGGUGGAGGAUUAUGCGAGCUGCACGGAGGAUAAGGUGGAGGAUUAUGCGAGCUGCACGGAGGAUAAGGUGGAGGAUUAUGCGAGCUGCACGGAGGAUAAGGUGGAGGAUUAUGCGAGCUGCACGGAGGAGGUGGAGGAUUAUGCGAGCUGCACGGAGGAUAAGGUGGAGGAUUAUGCGAGCUGCACGGAGGAUAAGGUGGAGGAUUAUGCGAGCUGCACGGAGGAUAAGGUGGAGGAUUAUGCGAGCUGCACGGAGGAUAAGGUGGAGGAUUAUGCGAGCUGCACGGAGGAUAAGGUGGAGGAUUAUGCGAGCUGCACGGAGGAUAAGGUGGAGGAUUAUGCGAGCUGCACGGAGGAUAAGGUGGAGGAUUAUGCGAGCUGCACGGAGGAUAAGGUGGAGGAUUAUGCGAGCUGCACGGAGAAUGGAGGAUUAUGCGAGCUGCACGGAGGAGGUUAUGCGAGCUGCACGGAGGAUAAGGUGGAGGAUUAUGCGAGCUGCACGGAGGAUAAGGUGGAGGAUUAUGCGAGCUGCACGGAGGAUAAGGUGGAGGGCGACAAACAGCAACAGUACACCAAUCUAAGAGAACUAGACGACGGAAGGAGAGGAGGAAUUGGAGGUGGGGAGAAGAAGUAG